ACCUGGUUGGAACAAAGGGGGGGACUCUGUGGUCCUUAUAGAGUUAGUCAGUUGGGCAGUCAGUUAGUGGGUGGAAGUCUAAGUGGUGAGGAGAGGAACUGUCACUUAGUUGUGCAUCUUUCACCAUGGUUGACCUGUGUAGUGGUACGAGCACCACCCCGUACACUAAGGCUCAGGAAGAGCAAGCCGCCUUCCUGCUAAAAGAGAGAAAAGAGAAAGAGGCUAAGGAGUUGAUUAAGCAAGCCAAGAAGUUGGCCUUAUUGGAGGAGCAGGCGGCGAAGAAGAAGAAGCUGGAGGAGGAGAUGGAGAAGUUACAGAAAGAAGAAGAAGAGAAGUUAAUGGCAAUGGAAGAAGAAGAAGAAGAAGAAGAAGAAGAAGAAGAAGAAGAAGAAGAAGAAGAAGAAGAAGAAGAAGAAGAAGAAGUUGAGGAGGAAGUCCCCUUGAACAGAAGAGCCAGAAGGGAAAGAGGGGAAUCAAAUGGCACAAACAAAGAAGAUCGGUGGAUGGAGAAGAUCUCAGAGUGGGUCGCCAAUCUAUCCCUGGGAGAACAGGAAAAACCGAUGACUUGUAAACUAUGCCAGAGGAAUAAGACCAAUACGCGAGCCCCUCUUGGUCUUCUCAUACCCUUGCCUAUUCCCGCAGGACCCGAAGAUUCUAUGUCCGUCGAUUUCAUGGACGUUGGGAUCAAGAGUAGGCAUGGCAAGAGCCAAGUCAUGGUCAAAGUUGAUAGGUUUACAGGGCCUGCAGCACCUGCCGCAUCAGCUGCGGCACUAGAUGCAGCAGGGCCUGCUGCGGCAUCUGCAGCACGUGCUGCCGGACCAGAUGCUGCAACUGCAGGUGUUGCUGAAGCAGCAGCUGCGGCAUCUGCAACAUGUGCUGCUGCAGCAGCUGCAGCAGGUGAUGCUGCAAGUGCUGCUGUAGUGGCAGCUCCAGGAGUUGCUGCUGCAGCAGCACCAGCUGUGUCAAGUGCAGCACGUGGUGCUGCGGCAGCAGCUCGAGCAGGUGCUGCUGCUACUGCUGCAGGAGGAAAGAAAAGGAAACAGAACGGGAAAAAAAAAACGAAGAAGAAGAACGGGGGAGGAGGUGGAGGGAAGAGGUGGAUGGAGGAGAUGGAUGGAGAAGGUGGAUGGAGGAGGUGGCGGGAGGUGGGCGAGAGGAGGGCGGGAGGAGGAGGAGGACGUGGAGGACGUGGAGGACGUGGAGGAGGUGGCAGGAGGAGGCUGGAGACGGUGGAGGUGGGCGGGAGGAGAGGAGGAGGAGCAGAAGAAAAAGAGGAAGAUGAGGAGGAGGAGGAGUACGAAGACGAAGACGAAGACGAGGACGAGGAGGACGAGGACGAGGAAGAAAAAGAGGAGGGGAAGGAGAAGGACGAGGAUGGCAAAGACGAAGUGAAAGACGAGGAGCAGCAGGAGGAGGGGGAGGAGAAGGAAGAAGAAGAAAAAGAGGAGGAGAAGGAGAAGGAAAAAGGAGAAGAGGAAGAUGAGGAGGAGGAGGAGGAGGAGGAGCUCAUGAUAGGGGGAAGGGGGGAAAGGUCGCGCAAGGCAGGGGUGAUGGCGAUGUCGAAGAGGAGGGGAGGUGUCGCGACGUGGGAGCGGACUUUGCGCAGGGGAGGGCGAGUCUAUGGCGAAGGGGAGGGAGGUAAGGAAGAAGUAGAGAAGGAGAAGGAGGAGGACGACGAGGAGAAGGAAGAUGAACAGGAGAACGAGGAGGAGAAUGAAGAAGAAGAACAGGACGAGGAGGAGGAGAAGGAGAAUGGCGAAGACGAAGAGGAAGAAGAAGAGGAGGAGGAGACGAGCAGGAUAAGGAGUAGGGGAGGAAAGGGAGGUGUAGUAGAAGCAGGACGAGGAGGAGAAGCAGGAAAAGUAGAGGAGACAAGGAGGACGAAGAGGAGGAGGAGGAGGAAGAGGAUAUCCGAUAAAGAGUGGGAGGCGGCGAAGGAGGAUAUCGAAUGGGAGGGGAGGUCGGCCAUGUUUAUCUUCUCUGUCUCGAUAUCAGAGGAGGAGGAAGACGACGAGCAGGACACGGAGGACGAGGAGCAGGACAAGGAAGGGGACGAGCAGGACGAGCAGGAGGACGAGAAGGAAGAGGAGGAGAAGGAGAAGGAAAAAGAAGAGCGGAGGAGAAGGAGAAGAACGAGCGGCCAUACUAAUAUUCUCUACGUGGAUGAAAGCGAAGUACGACGAGGAGGAAGGGGAGAAGGAAGAAGACGAGGAGGAGGAGGAGGAGGAAGAAGAAGAGGAGGAAGAGGAGGAAGAAGAAAAGAGGAAGGUGAGGAGGUUGAGAAUCAGAAUGACGAAGACGAAGAGAAAGAAGAGGGGGGGGAGGACGACGAGCAGGAGGAGGAGGAGGAGGAGGAGGAGGAGGAGGAGGAGGAGGAGCAACAGGAAGAAGAAGAGGAGGAGGAGGAGGAGGAAGAGGAGGAUGACGAAAACGAAACGAAAGAAGAGGACGAGGGGGAGGAGGAUGAGGAGAAUGAGCAGGAAGAAGAAGAGGAGGAGGAGGGGGAGCAGGAAGAAGUUGAGGAGGACGAGGAGGAGGAAGAAGCAGAGGAGGAGGAGGAAGAGGAAGAAGAAGAGAAGGAGGAGGAGGAAGAGAAGGAGGAUGACGAAGACGAAAUGGAAGAAGAGGAGGAGCAGCAGGCGGCGGAGGAUAAGCAUACAAGGAAUAGGAGGCGGAGGAGGAGGGUAUCGAAGGAGGAUGACGAAGACGAAGAGGAAGAAGAGGAAAAGGAGGAGGAGGAGCAGGAUAAGGAGGAGGAGGAGGAGGAGGAGGAGGAGGAGGAGGAGGAGGAGGAGGAGGACGAAGACGAAGAGGAAAAGGAGGAGGAGGAGGAGGAGGAGCAGUCCAGCGGCCCUAUCCACCGGCAUGCCAGAAGAUACUUCUGCAGUAGUCGCGUGGAAGGGUGUUUGCCUGUGAUUCAAUUGAUGGCAAACAUGCACAGGAGAUUACCUCUGCUGGUGCUCGUUGUGGCCGUCUUCCUGUUUGUCGUCUUCCUCCACGUGUGUUUGUCGUGCCGGCCGUGGAAGCAACGUCGCAAGCGGAGGGCGGCAACGAAACGGCAGGGAGGGGAACGUCCGAUGGCGGGCAUGCAGGCACGUGCGGUUCUGGCUGCAAGUCAGGGCGGAAGACGACCUGCGACGGCAGAGCCUCGACGGCGCGGGUCGACGCAGUUGUUGUCGCAGACGGUGCGAGCAGGCGGGUCGGCUAGCAACGAAGGCGACGAGUUCACCUCACUCCUGCACCAAGGCUUGGGAGACGACGACAACGGAGGACUUUAUCUCAAGUUCGGGUUGUGUUCUGGCGGCGCUAGGGAGGCGAGUCGUACGUUCAUCAUCGACGUCGAUCCUUUGCCACGUGGCCUUCAACAUGUUGGAAGCGAGCAUACGGAGCAGUCCACACUUCGUCGCGGUGCGUCCGUUACUGGCGGUGUUGGGCCAUCGGCAGCAGCCCAGCAGCAUGGAUCGACUGCACCGUCCGCCGAUCGAUUGACAAGUACCUGGCCCGCGCGCACUGGAGUCACAUCCGGGUCCCUGCGCAUCGCCGGUGCACGUCCUUCGAUGCCCAACCGCACAACGCCGACCCAACCUGACCUGAGGGACGAGGGCGCCCGCACACCACCGGUGCGUCCAGGACCCAUUGUGGAAAACAUCACACGAGGAGUGUCAAACAUGCGGGCACACAGCGAUGGCGGCGACAACGAUGGCGGUGGCGGUGACGAUGCCGACGAAGGAUUGAGGGAGGACGUGGAAGCAGGGGACGACGACGACGACAUUCCUAUUCCGCCUUUGGGGAAGACGGGUAGGAGGGGGAAAGGAUGCAGUAGAGGUGUUGUUCGUGGUCGAUCCGUUGGCCGUGGCGGCAGAGGUGGCGGCAGCGACGACGGUGGGAGGUCUGCGACGUACUGGUCUUCGGAAGACCAAAUGCUUCUGGUGAGAUGCAAGCGGGAGCAAGAGAUGCACCUCGCCGGGCUGGGUCACAAUUACGGGCGGAUGCGGACCAAGGAGUGGAAGUGGGACGACAUUGCCAAGCGCAUAGUGAACGCGGGGAGGCCUAAAGAUGCCGACGACUGCAAGAAGAAGCUAUCGAAUGAAGAAAGGAAGGAGCACGACUUCAAGUUCCGGAUGGAGAGGGUGCUGUACAACGAGACCCACGUAGGCAUGCUAGGGAAACAUACAAUUUUCCCUCCCAACGUCGCCGACACCGGCAAUCCGGAUGGGGUGCAGCUGCCCAGUCGAGGAGCGGUUGGUGGGGAGUCUGUUGGUAGUGAGGCCGGUGGUGACGACUGCCCUGAAGAACGUUCUUCUGCGAGGGACUCCGAUAACAACGCAGGUAGUGGGGCUGGAGGCGAGAAGCGGAAGAAUGUGCGUCAACAGGCGUUGGAGUCAAUCGCUGAUGUCAUGGACCGCCAUGGCGAACUGAUGUCGGCGACGAUCGAUUCGUCUAGCAAGCGGGGUGAACUUGAAGGUGGGUUCUCUUACUUUUGGUUCCUGGCGAGUAAAUUAACCCACGUCGCCAGGGCCGUCGAAGGGUCUUUUCGCGCCUUGGGGAGGAUCAUAAUGACACAACAGGACAGGCAAGGUGGUCUCACGUGGCACCGUCGACGAUGCCUUUUCUCGCCACAGAGAAGCGACGUCGUGGGCGAUCCAUCUGUUGCGUUAAAUUCAAUCGUGCGCAUCCCAACCCGCAUGAAUGUCGUCCGCAUGUUUCCAUCACAAAAGCCCGUUGCACCUGCUGCACACCGACUGCAACGACGCGAGAGCAAUACAAGCCUGCUCGCCUCGGAUAAAUGUCGCCUGCUCCCCGCGGACAUCUUCAGUAUCGCGGAGGACCACUGCCGACGCCUUCGUAGCCAUCUGGUCACGUGGAGAUUCUUCGCUAGAGUCGUCGUCCUUCUGUCGUACACGUGGACAUCCGCCGUCAAUCAUUCCGCCGCGGAGCACUCUCACCGUCGUUCUUUUGUUCUUCUCGCCGUCAAUCUUUUCGCCGCGGAGCGCUCUCGCUGGGGUCGUUGUCCUUAUGUCGUGCACGUGUACGUCGUCGUCUACUUCCCGUGGAGGAGAGAUCUUCUACGUCGUAGGGGUAUUCGUCCUCCCCAUGCUACAGCAACAUGGGAGACAUUUUUCUCGCCAGAUUGGUGGGACUUCAAACGACGGUCGACGAAGUACUUCCCGCUCAUCCGAUCGGACUGCCAAGCUCGCCUGCAAAAGUCCCGACGAAUCAUGUCUACGCGAGGGAGCACCCGUGGUAAGAAGCGCGACGUCGUCCCUGACGACAGCCAAGGGCAGGGAAGAGGUCGGCGGCAUGUCCCAAAGGUGAAGAGGGCGCGUUUGGAUGAUGCGUCAGCAAGCGUGCCUCCUCGUCGAGCGCAAGGUUGGGCGGCAGCAGCGGAAGGGGACUACGACGACGACUCCACGAGGGAGGAAGAGCAGGCAGAGGCGACCGCGUUUGCACAACUGCGUGCCCGCGACACGCGAAUAGAGAAGGUUGCUGUCGUCGAUAUGGGCGGAGAUGAUGACGAGCCCUUGGAGAAACGUCGCCUGCGCACUCUUGCACAAGGCACCUCAGCGCCGCCGCCGACGGUACACGCUGCGGUAGACGAAAGGCGACUUACGGGUAGACAGCCCGCCAUGCCAUCUCAGCCACGUCAGCGCAACCCGGGUGAUGACGGAGGGUCCGUCCAGUGUGGCGGCGGGGGGGAAGUCGUGGCAGACGCGCGCGCAGUUGGGGGCGAGCUGGUAGGGGCUGCGGGUGCGGGUGCUUCAGGCGGUGUGGCCCCCGUUGCGACAGCGAGAGAGGAGGCAGCAGUUGUGGCGACGGCGAGAGAGGAGGCGCGUGGCGAGAACAAAACUGAUCGGGACGGCGGCGAGCCCGGUUCAAGCCGGGUACGUAGGGGAGUGAUGACGAAAGACCUCAUCGAUCGUGUCAUGCUUUGGGUUGAUGAGAAAACUUUCUGGACGACGAGGGAGGGGCGAAGACUAUACAACAUCGUCCACAAAACGAGAGAGUACUUUGUCGCCAUCGCCAGCGGCCUUCCGACGCCUGUCGUCCCUCGGAGCGUCGUCCUGCCCAAAUCCAGCACGAAGGUAGCCAGGAUCACCGACCCAUCACAGCUGCAGCAAGUGAUCUCCUGUGCGGCGACAAUGGAGAACAUUGCUCUGCACAUCUUGCACGGCUGGGUGUUCAAGUCCGAGAACCGCCCAAGGGGAUACAAUGUGGCUUUCCAGUACUCGCUCGAGUCCGUGGCGACGGACAUUGCGCGUGCAAUGUGGUACGGCGAGGAGUGGUGCAACGUCGUCAGUGCGGCGGUAUGCUCGCACACGAUGGAUCUGUCCAUGGACUUGCCACUAUGGUUCGUCGGCGCCAACAUCGAGGACAGACCUGAGGACGACGACAUGGCAACAUACCAGGAGUCGAGCGUCAUCUGCAUCGCGCAUGCAUUCCGCGCGGCGGUGCAAAUGGGUGCGCACAUCGACGACGACUUCAUCUCGUAUGACCGUCUCUGUCGGGUGGCUGACUGCUUCAGGCUUUUGUUGGCGGUGUGCAUGUGGAUAAUGCGCAUGGUGGGAGACGAUCCACGCAGCCACUAUGAAGCUUUCUACUUCGCGAACCUGGUGGCGAAGCCCACACUUGUCGCGGUCAUGCAUCGGUCCUUCGAUCAUCGACGAUCCAUCGUCCAUGCCGCAAAAGUCGUCACGGAGAGGCUUGGGAAGGCGAACGCUAUGUUUGGAGAGUACCCCGACUACAUCCCUGGAUGGGCACCCUGCGACAUUGGUUUCAGGCACGACGCGAGCAUAACGGGGCYGGAGGAUGCGAAGAAGCUAGAUUGGUUGGGUUCGGGCCCCCCCGAUGAUGACAACAACGACGAUGGAAAAGAUGACGCGUAGGGGGUGGGGGGAGUGGGGGGGUGCGCGAUGGAAAAGA